UUUCUCUCUCUAUCUAUCUCUCUUUCCUUUGCAGAUGUUCUUUGCGCAUCUCUUCUCUGAAUCAUCAUCAUCCACAGUGGCAACCGAAAGAAAAGGAAAUAACUUGGAGACAACUUGACGGGGACCAACAGCACGCUUGACUUCUGCAGCUGAAAGAAUGAGCUCUCUUGAAAGGAUUGUGGCUCAGAAGAAGGAGGCCAUUGAAGCAGCGAUGGACAUGUUCGAGAGGGGGGCCGAGGUGCUGGCUAGUGCUGUUGGUGAGCUCUUUCCCGUCUGCGAGGCUGCUGCGCCGGUUCUCCGUCUGGUCUUGGACAACGUCCAGAGUAAAGAGGUCUUCUACAUCAAAGAGCAGUUCCUGACGGUGAGGAACAAGCUGGACGUCCUCUCCAGCCAGCUUGAGGACAUCGACUGCGAGAUCAAGAAGGGCAGACUAGAUUCUGAUUAUUUUCUGGUUGAGGAAAACAUUAGAAACCAAUUCAGGAAAUAUAUGGACAUUAUUGAGGCGAAGCAGCAGUUCCGGGAGGUGAAGACUCGUCUUUUUCUGGAGCAUUUUGCUAAAACUGGAGGCGAGAAGAACCUGUUCGUGCUGUAUGAUGCUGUGAUGGGGAACAACAGCUUUAGCGAGCCCCUCUUGGAGUUGGUUGAAAGGUGCACUGCCAGAAAUCGCCGUCUCCUGGAAGACUUUUGCGUCCGCAUGAAGGAACUCCUUUGUCUGGGUCUGAUCGCUCUGCUGGGUUACUGCGCUCUGAAUAACAGUCCAGACGAGGAGGAGGACAAGAUCCAGGAGUGGAGCAGCAAGAUCGAAGAUGUGGAAUCAAGGAUGAAGUCCACCAUCGCGUCAUGCAUCGCCGCUUUCCCAGAUCAAGCCAAGACCGACUGCCAGCUCCUCCUUCAGGGUAAAGAAGAGGAGAGCCUUCAGGAGGUGACCAAGCAGCUUCUGGAGUUCCUAGUAAAGAAGUACGACUGGGUCAGCUGGUCGGUGCGGCUCAUCAACCACUCGGGGAGCACCUACAGGAACUGGAGGGCCGGCGAGCACUUCCACCACGUGGCUGGUCAGAACUGGUUUGAGGUUCUGCAGGUGAAUAACAUCAACCUGGUGGUGUCAUACAGUACCAGCCCAAAGCCGGUGCCACGAGACUCCAUCCAGCAGGUGAUGGAGACUCUGGGGAAGAAAAAGGCUCCUGGAGUGGUGGAGGUGCUGGAGGAGCAGCUCUGUGGCUUUGUGGUCCACGCCGUCAGUCGCCACAAAGAAUCGGCUGCGGAGUGGAACUUCCCUGCAGACUGCCACUACUGGGAGAGACACAAGAACGUGAUGCUGUGUGUGCACUCUGAGUAGAACUAUGGAGGAAGAGUGUAGUAUUUAUUAUGGUCCUCACAUCCCAGUACUCACUUAUUCAUUCUGAAUUACCAACUACUCUUCACACUUUCAGAACAAGAUGCCCCUGCAGAAUUAUUUAGAUAAAGUAAUGCCCCACGUUGUGCCUCCAAAUGUGCAAUUACACACUUAACACUUAAAAUAGUUGAGUCUAAACAUUGUAAAAUAAAUACUAACACCUUUCCUACCUCAAUUUCUGUUCAUAUAAGCCUUGAGUAAAAUGUGUCGUGAUCUAUAGAAUUUUUACUGCAUAUUUGUCAAAGUGUCAAAUAAACCUGCUACACCAU